UCCACUCCCGAGCCCGCGCCUCCCAAUGCGCCUUUUCUCCAGCUCAGUGCUCUGCGGCUCAACCGGCAUCCCGGCGGCCUUUGCGUGAACAAAAUGGCAGCCCCCAUACCUCGGGGCUUGUCCUGCUUGACCAAGGCUUUGGGAUGGUGGUCUCGGCAGCCCAUUCUGGUGACUCAAUUCCCAGCUGUAGUUCCGGUAAAAACCAAAAGCCGUUUCAGACCCCUUCCUCGUGAACCCAAGUACAAAACAGAGAAGGAGUUUUUGGAAUAUGCCAGGAAAGCAGGAUUGGUUAUUCCUCCAGAAAAACUGGAGCGUCCUAUACAUCUGGCCUGUACAGCUGGUAUAUUUGAUCCCUAUGUUCCACCUGAAGGUGAUGCUCGAAUGUCAUCCCUUUCAAAGGAAGGACUGACACAGAGAACUGAGCGAUUCAGAAAGAAUGUGGCAUCACAGUUGGCAGUUCGAAAGAUAAAAGAAUUUGAUGCUAAUUUUAAAACGAAAGACUUCCCUGAAAAAGCUAAGGAUAUUUUCAUCGAAGCUCACCUUUGUCUAAACAACUCAGACCAUGACCGGCUUCAUACCUUGGUAACUGAACACUGUUUUCCGGACAUGGUCUGGGACCUCAAGUACAAGACCGUCCGCUGGAGCUUUGUGGAAUCCUUAGAGCCAGCCCAAGUGGUUCAUGUUCGUUGUUCAGGCCUGGUGAACCAGAGCAACAUAUAUGGCCAGGUCACCGUACGCCUGCACACUCGGCAGACUUUGGCCAUCUAUGAUCGGUUUGGCCGGUUGAUGUAUGGACAGGAAGAUGUGCCUAAGGAUGUCCUGGAGUAUGUGGUGUUUGAAAGACACUUGAUGAACCCAUAUGGAAGCUGGAGAAUGCAUGCCAAGAUUGUACCCCAAUGGGCACCCCCUAAGCAGCCCAUCCUCAAGACAUUGAUGAUUCCUGGUCCUCAGCUGAACCCAUGGGAGGAGUGCGAAGAGACACAAGGAGAGGCCCAUAAACCUCAGCUUGCCUAAUAGCAUGAGUGACUCCUGAGGAGUCUGGUGGUGCGCACACCUUUAAUCGCAGCACUGGGGAGGCAGAGGCAGGUGAUCUCUGUGAGUUCUAGUCCAGCCUGAUCUAUAGAGUUCUUGAAUAGCCAAAACUACACAGAGAAACCCUGUCUGGAAAACCCAAAACAAAACAAAAAAGACUCCUGAGGAGUGCCCAGGUGAUGGGACUCCAAAAUCAUCUAUACUCUGUAGGCUUCCCUUGCUCUCUCCUGCCCUGCCUGAGAGGCUGGGAUGCCUAACCAUGGAGCAUCUUCUUAAGUCAUGUUUACCUGCAGAAGUGAAAUGAAAAGCAGCAUGUGAGAGACAAACAUGUGAUACUGGACUUUUCACAGAGGAGCUGGGAGCAGACUGACAGCAUUCUUUUUUUUCUAAUUAUAGGGCAGAAGCCAGCAUUUGAAAUAAAAUGCUAUCAAAGUGUUCUA